UGAGAAUUAGUGUGAAAGGCACGAGACGUGAAGGGAACAAUAAAUGAGAGAGAAGGGGUGAUGAGGCUCAUGAUAACCCUCAUGAUCGUCACGUCGUUUUUCAUUCGCUACUCCCAAAAAUCUCCCAGAAUUCCACGCUUCCUCCUCUUUCUCACUGACUCCCUUCUCUUUGCUUUUCUUUUUUGCCUUUGUCCUUUCUCUCUCUCUCUCUCUCUCUCUAAAUACCCUUCCUAGUCAACCUCACUUUGUCCCAUAUUAAACCAACACCCCUUAGCUUUCUCUCAUUCAUUUUCUCUCCCCCAUAUGCUUUGCUUGCUACUAGUGAGAGAGUGAUCAAUCCCCAUCUCUGAAUGUCUCAGACUCACUCACUAGUUUCAGCUUCAACUAACUACUCACUUUCAAGUAACAAUGGGCUCUACUUCACCCUUCGGUACUUCUUUCUUACCGUCCAUAUAUAAGCCUUCUCUACUUUUCAUUUCAACUAGCUAGGUAUUACCAUUUUCUAGGCCACGGGAAACCUUCACAUCACUCACUACCCUUUUUAUAUAUAUUCUCAACUUCAACUCCCAUUCUUCCACUCCACCAUUUCAAUUUCCAUUUCCAAAGCAGCAACCAAACACAAACCCAUCAAACCACUCCCACUUUUCCUUUCCAUUCCCCCUAAUUAUUGCACCGCCUUGUUUUUAGAUACUAUAUAUAGCUACUACCUUCAUUCUUCUGCUUAUUAGCCUUUUCCAUCUACAUUGCCCCAAACCCUAGCUAGCUUUUGGUCUUCAGUAAGUCAAUAAGAAGCCAGCAGCAAUGUGGAUGGUUGGUUACAAUGAAGGAGGCGAGUUCAACAUGGCUGAUUAUGGAUUCAAUGGGAGGAAACUCAGGCCUCUCAUGCCAAGGCCAGUGACAUCUCCUAACAACACUUCAAACACAAACUCUCCAUGCUUGAGCCGCAUUCAUCAUGGCAACAAUUUCUUUUCACAAUAUCACAAUCUGGCAUCAGUGGCAGAUCAGGGAAAGAGGGAGUUCAACCCUCCACCAGUAGUGGUGAGUUCAAGGUGGAAUCCAACCCCGGAGCAACUGAGAGCAUUGGAGGAAUUGUAUAGAAGAGGGACAAGAACACCAUCUGCGGAGCAAAUCCAACAAAUCACGGCACAGCUUAGGAGGUUUGGAAAAAUUGAAGGGAAGAAUGUUUUCUAUUGGUUUCAGAAUCACAAAGCAAGAGAAAGACAGAAACGCCGCCGUCAAAUGGAGUCAGCUGCUGAGGGUCAUCACACCCGUGACUUUGAUAGUACUCUUGAAAAGAAAGACUUAGGCGCAAGUAGGACAGUGUUUGAAGUUGAUCAGACCAAGAACUGGGCACCCUCUACAAACUGCAGUACUCUUGCAGAGGAAUCUGUUUCAAUACAAAGGGCAGCAAAAGCAGCGAUUGCAGAGUGUAGAACAGAUGGAUGGCUCCAAUUCGAUGAAGGAGAGUUACAACAUAGAAGAAACUUUAUGGAGAGGAAUGCCACGUGGCAUAUGAUGCAGUUAUCUUGUCCUCCCCCUCCUACAGUUUCACCCCACCUCAUAAACACAUCUCCUAUUACCUCUACUACUAGCAUGGCCACCGCAACCACAGUAACAGCAAGACUAAUGGACCCAAAGCUCAUUAAGACUCAUGAUCUCAGCUUCUUUACUUCACCUAACAGAGAAAACGGUAUUAUCCACUUAAGCAGUAUCAGCACCCAGGAUGAUAAUUCUGUGGAAUCUCAAACCCUUCAACUUUUUCCAACAAGGAACGCGGAUCGAAGCAGUGAUAACAUCAACCAGCAAAAAGAGACAGAGGUUUCGGUUUCAGCGAUGAAUGCACCCAGCCAGUUUUUUGAGUUCCUUCCAUUGAAGAACUGAAACUGAUUAGAAAAAGAAAAAACUUGCUGUGUAUGUAAAAUUAUGGGACUGCGUUUAGAUAUAGUAUUUUGUUAGAAAAUAGCACUGUUUUUAUUGUUAUUGAUGUUAUGUUUCAAGGAAUUGGUGCUGUAAUAGGACACUGAAUUUGAAUGAGGUAUUUUGCCUUAAAAUGCAUUUGGACUAUGUUGGUUGAAUCAAAAACAGUAUUUAAUUAAGUCUAAGGAGUUUAGUGUUUAUAUAUAUGCCUUGU